UGAUCAAACAGGUUCUUCUGGAAGCUCACAAGCCAGGCAUGAAGGUGAAGGACAUCACUUGCUGUUUGUCCUUAUCAGCAAAGGAUAUUACAAGUAUACUAGGGCUGAAAAUGGAAGUUCAGUUUAACCAUGAAGAACUAGGUGCUCUUAAUAGACUAUGAAUUAGUCAGUUAAGAUGGUGACUAUCUUAAACUCUCGAAGUACUAAAUUCCUUAGUUACAUUACACUGGUACCUCGGGUUACAGACGCUUCAGGUUACAGACUCCACUAACCCAGAAAUAGUACCUUAGGUUAAGAACUUUGCUUCAGGAUGAGAACAGAAAUCAUGUGGCGGCGGCGCGGCGUCAAUGGGAGGCCCCAUUAGCUAAAAUGGUACCUCAGGUUAACAGUUUCAGGUUAAGAACGGACCUCCAGAACGAAUUAAGUUCUUAACUCGAGGUACCACUGAAUGCACCAUGUGGAGUAGCACUUCUCUUUGUCUUGAACCUACUGGCAGUCCUCUUCUCCAUUGGGUGACCCGAAAUGCUAGUGUUGCAAGAGAGGGACUAUUUUUUUAGUUGAUCAAAAGGUUUAGAAAUUUGCAAGCAGUGUGCAAGGGAUGAAUAAAGCAAAAAUUGUCCAUUCUUAUUGCUGAUCAGUGGAAGUUUGCUACAAGACCGUUUUAGGAUAUACAUCCUGCUUCACUGGGGGGACGUGGGUGGUGCUGUGGUCUAAACCACUGAGCCUAGGACUUGCCAAUCAGAAGGUCGGCGGUUUGAAUCCCCACGGCGGGGUGAGCUCCUGUUGCUUGGUCCCUGCUCCUGCCAACCUAUCAGUUUGGAAGCACGUCAAAGUGCAAGUAGAUAAAUAGGUACCACUCCGGCGGGAAGGUAAACAGUGUUUCCGUGUGCUGCUCUGGUUCACCAGAAGUGGCUUAGUCAUGUUGGACACAUGACCCAGAAGCUGUCUGCGGACAAACACCGGCUCCCUCGGCCAGUAAAGUGAGAUGAAGGUGCAACCUCAGAGUCAUCCGCGACUGGAUCUAACGGUCAGGGUACCUUUACCUUUUUAUCCUGCUUCAUUUCCUCCUUCCAGGCAAAAUCAUGUGCUUGACAGCUGCUUAGGAUCUUCCUCUAGGUGGGAGAUACUAUCUUGUCUGAAAGAAGUCACAUAAAGACUUUCAAACUUUUAUAUUUAUUUUAUUAAGUCCCUGGGUAGGGUCUUUCUGAGAUAGAGCUGGAGCACAUUGCCAGGUCAGGAAUGGAACUUUGUCAUAGUAUGGCAGGUAAGGGGUGGACCCAGAACAUAAUAUGGCAGGUGAAGAGUAGCUUUAGUUAGAUAAUCGAGAAAUCCUGAAAAAUAUUUCAGCAGCGCUGUAGUGCAAAUUUCUCCUAAUAGCCACAUCUUUUGUGUGCAGUUUUGCCUAAUCUAUGCAUUUGUCCAAUUUCACCUUAUGUAAUGCAUUUUUCAAUGCUGUUUUUAUUUACCUUAGUAUAUGAUUUUUUAUACACAUUAUUUGGCAGGGAAACUGCUCUGAAAAAUUCAGAGAGGUGCAAAUGUCAAAGGAAGGCUGUGUUUCAGUUUGUGUAUUGCCUAGGAAAGUGAAAAUUGGGUAGGUUUGCUUAUAAAGGUAAAUUGAAUUGAAUUUACCCCCAUCCCUAGUUGUUGGCUGGCAAAAUGAUUGCUCCUUAAUUUGUCUGCAAAAACACUAGCAUGCUUGAUAAAGGUCUUCAUAAUGGAUGGCCCUUCUAGACUUCUCAGGAACUAUGUCCCUGAGUGCAGACUGGUAGAAAAUGUUCAUACAUCUUCCGAACAAAUGGGGCAGUGAUUCUCAAAGGUUACAUUUGCUGUCCUUGCCUUUUUGUGCAUGUUUGUGUAUUUCACCACUAAACUAAUAAUUGAUUUCACAUGAUCUCCUUAAGAGUACUACAGUACUCAACAAACACUUGAGAAAACUAUAUUUGCAGCUUCACUAUAAAAUAUAAUGCUGAAACUUUCCUGCUACCCCUGAGGCAAUGAACACAUUCAUUAUUUCAUUCUGCAGCUUAAAAGGUUCACUAUAUCAUUUUCAAAAAUGCAGCACAUGCAAUAUCAUAUAGAAAUCAGGAUGAUCUCACAAUGUUGCAUCUGAUGGGAUGCUGUUGCCAGAUGCCAGUAAAUAAAUCAUCCGAUUUGGCUACUGGAUGACAGCACCGAGAUCAAAUGUAGGAAUAGGAAGUGAGGGCAAGUGAGGGCAAUUUAAAAAGAAAUCAGUGAAAAUUUUCAGAAGGAGUGUCCAAAAACUGCCAAAUGAGGGAAGGCGUUUUUGAUACUGAUAAAAACGUUCUUUUUAUUUUUAAGGUGAGUACUUCAGGCUUAGUUUUGAUUACAUUAUGCAGCUGGAUUCUAUAAGUGAAACUUAGCUGAGUGACACUGCUACAUGCCUUGUUCUAAAAAAACAUAUAUUAUCUCAGCAGCCUUGAAUAAUGUCCAAUAAGGUAUCUAGAGAUAUAUAUCUCUUCUUUUGCUGGUAAACACCGUAUCAAUAAUUCUGUUUUAUUCCCUUGAGAGAUGGGUAGUUUGGGGAAGGACUAUAUUUUGUGGAUGUGCCUGUAGAUGUGUUGGCUGACUUUAUGACUAAUGGCUACUGUCCAUGCAGAAUUAUAAGCUCUGCAAUAUUUAAGUGCAUUUACCCUCUCAAAAAUCCACACAUAUGCAGACCCACACACAUAGACAGAGAGUAACAAACAGCCUCAGGUGCCAAACCAGAACAGACACCAUUUUAAUAAGCUGAAAAAAGAAGAUCCAUAUCUCACCCCCCCAAGGUCUUAUUUUGGCUUGCUUUUUUUCUCUAACAAGGUUUAGCACUCCAGCUAUCACACCUGCAUAUUAACUAUGGCUACAUAGACAGCCCGCUCUGCCCCUCUUCCUAGUCUGGGAUAAAGUCCAAUAUUGCUUGUCUGGGUGAAUUUACAUGCCACGUCUUAAUAAUAAAGCUGAGGUACCUUCCAGAACUCAAAAUGCCAUAAGCCUAGAGACAGGAACCCAAAUGAUGUUGCAAAAUUGGUAUGAUCCCAGCACCAAGUGCAAUUUUAAGCUUCUUUUAAAAAGAAAUCACUUCACCAAGUUUAUGAAACCCCAUACAUACACACACACACACACAUGUUCUUAUGUCACAUAUGUAUACAUCAUCAUAUUACAUUACAGGGCAUAUUAUAAUAUAAUUUCCAACAUGUAGACAAAGUUUAUAUACCAAAUUUAUGUACCUAAAGCAAGAAAAAAGAAAAAAACAAAGACAUAAAGCCAUUUCAAAAUAAUACUUGUACCAACACUACGGACUUCCUGUCAAUCUCUUUGUAUAUUCUUUUUCUUACAAAUGAAUGUACUCUUAUUAUCGUAUAUUUUUUUUUCAUUUUAUCUAAUACAUUCCUAUAUCGUACCCUUAAUCUUGUUUCUCAAUUCAAUUUCUCUCCAACGUCAAUCGAAUGCUAGCAUAAAUAGGGAACCUUUACUAUAUUUUUGAACAUAUAAAACCCUUUUAAAAAACUGCAGAUACCAACCUGAGAGGAGAAGCUAUCUUCCGGGUUUAUCAAACCAGUUGGCCCAUUGCCAUGCUAACUGAGCAAAGCUGGAGAGGAAACAUCUUCCAGUUUCAUGAUGCUUGCAUUUUCAUCAUGCCCCAUGUUGACAAAGAAAAAGGAAGUCACUAGUUCUGGCUGCAUAGCCUUUACCACGGCAUUGGUAUGGUCCUGUCCUAGCAAUAUAUUUCACCUAUGCUGCACUGUGAUGCAAGAGUGUGACAAAGAGAUGACAAUCAAUACCUGUCUAUUAUAGAGAGAGAUAACAGAAUAACCAGGCAGCUUGGUUUUGCUGUCUGUCUUAGUCUUAAUACCCCCAAACAGAUUCUCUCUCUCCAUUUAGUUACAGAAGCCCCCAUCAGUCCUCUGACUUCUGGUUCCAAGACAGCUUUAUCCUAUUUUCUGUCACCCUGGCUGCAUCUUUUCCUUGCAUCUAUUACCAAAUGUAACCUUCUGACCGAGUAAUGUGAUCUUGAUUGAAGACACCAAGGAAUCAGCGAGAAUUCAAUUGGUAAGCCUCCCAUUUCAGAGGACAGGCUUUGUGUGAGUUCAUGUCAUUUGCCCUGCUCUUUUAUUUCUUGCUUUGUAUCCAGUAUGUGAUGGUAUUAGAGGCUGCAUCAAAUGUGUACCAUCAUUAAUGAGAUAUGGCACCUAUGACCAAUAUUAUUUAUACCUUCACAGUGGAAGUGCAUGAUGCUUUGCAGAAUUUCAUGAGCAAGAAAAGGCAAGCCCUUUUCCUAAGGAGCAAGGAAAGAGACAAGAGACAGGAAGAAGAAAAGGACAGAGAGAGGUAAGGGACUCUGGGAAUAACUGAAGUUGCUGUCGCACUCAUGUUCUGCUUGUGGACUUCCCAUGGGCUUCUGGUGUGAGAAGAGGGGCAAUUCCAGACUGCUGCUAUUUCCAAGUGGGAUUCAAUCAUGUCCUGGCAAAUUCAGGUUGCACAAUUAUAGCACAUUAGGAAGUUUUGUAAAACAGACCCUCUACACUCAAAGAUCAGGUGUUUUGUGAUAAGGAAUGUGAUGGGGAAAUGCAAUGGAAAGUGUGGGAUAGCACUCAGAAUCAUAGAACUGUAGAAAUGGAAGGAACCCCAAGGGUCAUCUAGUCCAAUUGAUACGAUACGAUAAUCUUUAUUGUCAUUGUCCCAUACAGAACAACAAAAUUGAAAAAAUCUACAUCAGACAUUCAAAAACCAACAAUCCCAGCUAUCCCAGCCUGGUUAACCCCCUAAAAACUCUGAUACCCUAUAAUUAAAUACAAUAUACUGCCAUAGAGACUACCUUACACUGUGUUUAAAACCAAAAUCACAUUUGGAUAGAAACUUGUUUCUCAGGCGGCCAGUCCUAGUCUUUAUAACCCCGUACCUUCUUCCAGAAGGCAGAAGCUGAAAGAGAUCAUUUCCGGGGUGCGCACUAUCCUGCACUAUCUCUGCAGCUUUCUUAUGACACCUGGAAGCAUAGAUUUGAUCCAAGGUGGGAAGAGUGCACCCAAUUAUUCCUGCAAUGAAGGAAUCGCAGCUAAAGUAUCCAUGACAGAUGGCCAUCCAGCCUCUGCUUAAAAACCUCCAAGGAAGGAGAGUCCACAACCUCUCAUGGGAGUCUGCUCCAUUGUCAAACAGCUCUUACUGACAGAAAGUUCUUCCUGGUGUUUAGUCAGAAUCUCCUUUCUUGUAACUUGAAGCCAUAGGUUCGAGUCUCACCCUCCAGAGCUGGAGAAAACAAGCUUGCCCCAUCUUCCAUAUGACAGCCCUUAAGAUAUUUGAAGAUGGCUCUCGUAUCUCCUCUCAGUCUCCUCUUUUCCAGGCUAAACAUAUCCAGUUCCUUCAACCAUUCCUCAUAAGGCUUGGUUUAAUGCAUCACCUAAAAUCACGAAAAAAAUCAGGAUGAAUGUUCAUUAAAUAGCCAACUCAGGAUGAAUGCUUAAGAAACAGGUUGUCUGGAAGUGCCUUGGGGCGAUGGACAAGAUGGUCUCUUUUUAUGUUCUGGGGUACGUAUAGGAAGAGAUUAAUGUGAAUAAAGGAUGCUCAUUUUUGUUUUGCUUGCGGAUGAAAUUUACAUGGCUAAAACAAAAGAUUGACAAUAACUUUUCACACCCCUAUAUCUGCAGAUGAGUAUUUCCCCUAGUGUUCAUUAUUCUUCACAAGACCAUAAAGGCAAUACAGUUUCCAGAAAUGUGGCAUCUCUGGGCACUGUGUGUAAUAUAAACCAAAAUUAGCACCGUCUCUACGAUCAGAAAUAACAGCAUGGUGAUUUAGCAUAUAAACUAUAAUGGCUCAAAGGAGAUGAACAAUGCUAGAAGUUAAGUCAAGGUCAUUCGGCCACCAGCAGAAAACACAGAUGUGCAAUUAAGCUAAACACCAAGGAAACAGCUUCUCCCCUUACCUUCCUUAAUAUCUCCUGCCAGUAGAGCAAACAUAAGUGCCAGCAGUAAUAAUGAGAGAUAUCUAUAAUAAAAACAGCUGAGGGAUUGUUCCUUUGCCCAGGUCUUUAGGCGGGGGGGGGGGGAUGCUAUGAGCCAAAUAAGGGAGAGAAAAUACACCAAAUAAAUAGUGGAUGUAUCUUAACUCAUGUACAGAUCAUUAAUUAGAAAAGACAAUUGUCCGUGUAGCUCAGACACAGAUACAGAAAUAUAUGCAUAAGGAGCUGAAAUCCAAAAAAGCUGUAUGAAGCAGAUAACCUGACAGGGAAUUCAGUCCUGUUUAAAGCAUUGAGUGCUGGAAGAUAUCAGUGUUGUCCAGUCUUCGAAUAGUCUUAUCUGCCCCUCUGUAUGGCCUUAGUAAUUCACAAAACCCGAGACUUCAAGCAAAAGCACAAAAAAGCCUUCCCAUGCCCAUUAGCUCUGUGUAUGAGCAUGUGUAAUUAAUUUUAAAACUAGGCUGUUUUUUCUUUUUAAGGGAGUGUUAA